AUGUCCUCGCGCCUCCCAGGCGCACCAGCCACGCUCGUGCCGGAAGACCAGGCGCUUGUCGAGACGGCGCACGAGAUCGAGGCGAAGCUUCAUCCACACAGCCAUGAUGGGCUCGAGGAACGGCUGCAUCCCGCGCAGGAGGUCGGGUUGAAGAUGUUGUUAGCGGGCGUGUCCAACUCGACAUCCGCAUGCGUGACGAACCCCGCAGACCUCGUCAAGGUCCGGCAACAGCUGUUCGUGAAGCAGGGCUCGGGGCUCUCCCCAGGCUUCGUGAGCACGCUCGUGGCCAUGGUGCGCCAAGAAGGCGUGUUGAGCCUGUACAACGGCGUGAGCGCGUCCGUGCUGCGCGAGAUGAGCUACUCGGGCAUCCGUAUGGGCGCGUACGACGCGAUGAAGCACCUCAUCCUCGACGUCGCCCCGUCGCUCGAUGCGCAGGACGUCAGCGUUAAGCUGGGUGCGGGACUGCUUUCGGGCAUGUUGGGCAGUGCGAUCGCCAACCCUGCCGACCUGCUCAAGGUGCGCUUGCAAGCUAUCGGGGGCGCGCAGCUCGGUUUGACGGGACAUGCGCGCGCGAUCUGGCGCGAGGCGGGGAUCGGGGGGUUUUACAAGGCCGUUGUGCCGACUAUCUUGCGUGCCGGCGUCCUUACCUCGUCUCAGCUCGGCUCGUAUGACGUCGCGAAGCACUUUGUGCGCUCGCACUACUCCCACCACUUCCCCGAGGGGAUAACGACACAUCUCCUGUGCUCAGGCUUCGCGGGCUUCAUGUGCUCGGUGACGUCCGCGCCGAUCGACACGAUCAAGGUGCGCGUGAUGAACGACGCGUCGGGUCAGUUCCGCGGCUCGCUCGACUGCGCGUACAAGCUCUUGCGGUACGAGGGGCCGUUUGCGCUCUACAAGGGCUUCUUUGGGUGCUGGAUUCGCCUGUGGCCGCACACCGUCAUCAGCUUGAUGCUGCUCGAGCAGCUGCGCAAAAUGGUGGGGCUCAAGCCGAUCUAG